GGACAAAUUGUCUGUAGCCUACUGCCAAGUGCAGGUUCCAGCCAAUCUUGCCGUCUGACGACCCUGUUUAGGGUAUUUUGUGCAGCGGUUCCCUCGGCGCACGCAUCCCCCUCCCCUCUCCAUUUCUCUCCUCUUGGGGUCUGUUCUUCAACUUUUCGUCUUCCUGGUCGUCGCUGUCCGGUUCUUUUCUCUUUUUAUUUUCUACAUCGCAAAGUUUUGACGACACCCUCUGACGGAAAGACCGACAGCGUCCGAUCGGACUCGGCCCCUAAGAAUUGCGAAGAUGGCGAUUGGUGCCAUCUUGGAACCACUGGUCGUGGUCGGUCUGCUGGCUCUCGGCACCAUCGUCAACCGCAACAAGUCCAAAGCUGCUCGCGGCCGGUCACCACUCUCCCACCGACCCGAACCAUGGGAGCAUCUCAAGUACACAACCGAUUCGGAGGACGAGGAUAUCGAGACCGGCAGGGCCAGGGCAGACGAGCGCACCCUCCUGCCACCCCCGCUGAGCAGGUCCAGCAGCAGCUCGAGCAGCACGCUUGCAGAGGACGUGUCGAGGAAGACAAUACCGAGAUGGCGGACGCGCAAGUUGCGCUUCAUGAGCUGGGAGAAGGACGUCACGUCACCCAACACUGAGAUCUUCAGAGACCGCCUCCUCAGCCGUGUGCUUCAGCGAUUCCCGUUCCUGGCUGAGGUCUGGUAUUGGGCUCUGAUUUACUGGGUUUACCAACUUGGUCGCGCCUUUACCGCCUUGACGCUGCAGGAUUCCACGGUCAACACGGCUCGCGAGCACGGUCUCCAGGUCGUGCACGCCGAGCAGGCCCUCGGUAUCUUCAUCGAGCCCGCGGUGCAGCGGUGGUUCCUCGAACGGCCGACGCUGAUGCGGUGGACCAACAAGACGUACUCGUUCAUCCACAUCCCCGGCACCAUCCUCUACCUGAUCGUCCUGUACCACGUCACGACGGCAAGACCACGGCACAAGCUGCAGGAGGAGAAUGGCGGCAAGACCCUCUCGGAGAACUGGCGGGACCUGGCGCCCCAGUUCGGGCCGGCCGUCUAUGAGCGGCGGAGGCGGACCAUGGCCAUGUGCAACCUCCUGGCCUUCAUCGUCUUCACCUUCUGGCCCUGCAUGCCGCCACGGCUGCUCAGCGAUCCCACGUACACGGGCGAGCACGCCGCCGAGGCCAAGAGCUACGGCUUCGUCGACACGGUCCACGGCGCCGACGGCGACAGCAGCGUCUGGACCACCAACCGCUUCUGCAACCAGUAUGCUGCGAUGCCCUCGCUCCACUUCGGCUACUCCUUCCUCGUCGGCUUGACCAUCGCCGCGAUGCCCCUGCGCAAACGCGGACGUCUCGGCUGGCGCCGCCUCGCUAUCGUCUGCAUCGGCAUGAUCUAUCCGGCCAUCAUCCUGACCGCGAUCGUGGCGACGGCGAACCACUACGUCCUGGAUGCCGUUGCGGGAGCCAUCGCCUGCAUCAUUGCGUGGAACUUCAACGACCUCCUGCUGAACCUGCUCCCGCUCGAGGACUACUUCCUGGCGCUCGUGAGGAUACACAAGCCUACGUAAGAAGGGGAUCCGCUCGGUCGGCGAUGAAGAGAAAGGCAGAGAGAACCUGCCAACUGCUACAGCUGAUACCGGCGUGCGAUUCUGCAGAUAUUGUAAUAAUAUAAUCUGCCGGCCGCUGUCAAGGCCGGAAGAGGGGGUUCGAGAAGUGGUGAUGUGCCUGGACUGGACGAGGCACUAAUAAUAUUCAUGGCUCCGUAUGGCACGUACGGGCGUAAUCCUAUGAUAUACAGUGGUACAUGACUUUAGUUAAAGGACGCUGUCCCAUGAGAUACGUAGGGCUGGAUUCCCGAAAUAGAGAUUGGGGAUCUGUCUCUCUUUGCCGAACGCAGUGAUAAGCUUCCGGGAGCGUUGAAAACAGUCUACAAUAGGUGGCUGUACGAAGGAAAAGAGUGCCUUGUUAAAACUAUCUACAAAGGAGACAAAACGACUGAUAUUUAUAGACAAAGGAGCUGGCCAAAGCGUUAAACAGCCUUAUAUAGUCAUGGCAAAUGCGUGGCUAAUACGUUUAGAAGCUCUAUAGCUUCCGACACACCCCCUAGUUAAACGCGGUA